AGACCAAAAUCUCUUAAAUUUAAGCAACGAACGAACAAACUACAAAAUACAAUAAAACUUUACUAUGCGAAUCGUAAAAUCUCAUUAAAGUUCAAGCGUUAAUUCUUCAUCAAAUUGUAUAAAAAAGAACAAUUUUACGAAAUGCCCUCAAGAAUGGUAAAGAUGUUGUGGGCAGGCCGCCUCAGUUAUGGAGCCGGACUUCAAUUACAAAAGACUUUGGUGCAGCGUCAUCGCGAACGAAACCUCUACGACACACCUAACAGCUUGAUUCUGUUGGAGCAUAAACCCGUUUACACCGUUGGCAUACGUAACAAAGGAUACACUGACGAAGAUGAAAACCGUCUACGCUCGUUCGGCGCUGACUUUUAUCGUACGAACCGUGGUGGUUUGGUAACUUUCCAUGGCCCAGGUCAACUAGUCGCCUAUCCCAUAAUUGAUCUCAAAGAAUUCAAGACGAACGUGCGCUGUUACGUCUCGUCGAUCGAGAAAAUGAUAAUCCGUCUGUGCGCCGAAUUCGGACUUAAGGGUGGGACUUCUCCGGACACUGGUGUGUGGAUCGAUGAUCGUAAAGUCUGCGCUAUUGGCAUUCAUGCCAGCAAAUAUGUCACGAGUCAUGGGCUGGCACUUAAUUGCAACGUUGACCUCAGAUGGUUCGAGCACAUUGUUCCUUGUGGAAUCGAAGACAAAAGUGUAACCAGUUUAAGCAAGGAACUUUUCGCUGAUUUAAGGGUAGAAGACGCUAUACCUGUACUCAAACGAGCUUUCGCCGAUGAAUUCCAGUGUGAAGUCGUCGACAUGUCUACUGAGGAAACUUCCGAGGCGAUGAAGGAAUGCAGAGAGGCGGCUAAGGUCGCCGCUGUUUUAGCAGCGAGCUGAGAAAAGCUUGUUUAUUGCAAUCGCGAUUAAUUUCUUCAUUAUUUCUUUCGAAGACUACGAGUGUCGCAGUCGUGUAUCUUGCAGUAAUUCUUAAUUACAAGUUAUGUCAUGUAAAUUAUAUCAAAUGAUUUUUUGAAUUAGAUGUACAUGUAAAAUUACAGUUCGAACUAAUGAAAUUUAGCAUUGUAUAAUUGGGUUAAAAUAUACGAGUUUAACUAAAUAAAUAUCUUCAGUCAUAUUGUAC